UGCAUAUUGAGAAUGUCAUCCUAUUGCCUUUACAUGAAUGACAUCCUAGUUAAGUAAAGAAUUCUCUUGAUUCUCUUAGCGUUUCUUUAUCUUCUGGCAUCAAAUCUUUCUGAGGCGGGCCUGAUUUUUCUUCCUCCUUUGUAGGAGAAAUUUAGUAUCUUCACUGAGAUUUCUUGGUCUUCGUGAUUCUUUAUUGAUUUUUGUUUCCCUUUUAUACCAUAAGUCCUUUUGAUCUAUAGACUGAGGUCUUCUUUUAUUUCAGGAAAGUACUCUGUUUUUUAUUUCAGGAAAUUUUCUUCUAUUUUUGAACAUUUUUUUUUUCUAUUCCCGUAUUUAUUCUCUCUUCUUUAGGAACAUCAGUUAUUCAUAUGUUGGCUCCCGACUUUCUCUUUUCAUCCGUAUCAUCUUCUCACCAGUGACCUUUAUCUCUUUGCAAUCUGUGUGGUUUUUCUCAAACCUAUCCUUCCUAUUACUGAUUCUCUUUUCAGCAGUCUAGUUUCAACAUUCUGCUUCUCCUCUGGUUUUCAUUUCUGUGAUUUUAUUCUUUUACUCAGUUUCUUUCUUUAUGACUGCCAGCUCACUUUAUACCAUGCCAUUGUUUUACCUCUUCUUUGAUCUCUUGUUUCUUGGAUUCCACAGUCUCUUUGGUUUUUUGAAAGUAUACAGCUCUUUUUGGAAAUUUUCUUCUGUUUUCUGGAGGCUUUCUUUGAAAGGGUUCUUUUCAUCUUUUUUCAUUUGUUUGUUUGUGUCCUUGUUAUUCUUUCUGUUGUAUCUAUGCAUAGGUCCCAUUUGGAUCCUUUUUGCUUAUUACUAAUUUUGAAUGGAGUGGUUCUGUCAGAGCUUGCCAUUUACCAAAGAACUAUGUAGGUAGAUUCUCAUUGACUUUAUUUACCUUGGUAUUGUUACACUGCAUCUUUAGCACAUGAUGUUAUAUUGUAUCCUUAGCUCCUGAGUUAGAGGGUUGGCUACUGUUAUAGUUUAUAAUCUACUUAGACUGUAGCUUCUUCAAGAGAGACAGUUGGGAACUUUAAUUUGUCUGAUAUUUCUUAUGAUAUUUGUAUUAGCACACUUUUCCACUGAGACUGAUGAAUUCUUUAUCCUUAAGACAUAUACAGACCUAUGGAGGGUUCCCUCCUGGGAUUUGAGCUAUUUCUCCACUUUGUCACAGACAAGCAACUUAUUCUGGCCCAAAACUGGGCCCUUGCAGAGUUCUGUGUUGCUCAGGUUUUUUGUUUGGUAGUCAAUGUUUUCUUUAUCUCUGUCAGUUUACCUUGGUCCAUGGUUGCAUAGCUGAUUUCCUGGGUUUGAAGAAAAUGAAGAUUCAUUACAUUUUUUAGUCCAUUCUUCACUGUGGAAAAGGUCUCUUAAUGUAGUAGGAUGUUCCUUAAUUGUCUCAGAGCCUAUCAUCUCUCACAUCCAGGGGCAGCCAUUUUAGGGGGGUGCUGAUGGAUACCUGCGGGGUCGGCUAUGUUGCCCUUGGGGAGGCCGGCCCCGUGGGGAAUAUGACUGUGGUAGACUCUCCUGGACAAGAGGUGCUAAACCAGGUUGACGAAAAGGCUUCUUCAGAAACAACCAGUGUGGAGGCUUCCAUAGAGAUGUCGUUACCUCCUCAUUUGCCUGGAUUUGAGGAUUCUCUUAAUGAGAGGAGUCUCCUUCCAGAACAGGAAAGCCUCUCCAGACUGGAACAGCAAGAUCUUCCUUCAGAGAUGUCAAAGAUCUCAAAGCCUAGGGCCUCAAAGCCUGGCCGGAAGAGAGGUGGUAGGACACGGAAAGGCCCAAAAAGGCCCCAACAACCUAAUCCUCCAUCAGCCCCUCUGGUUCCUGGUCUCUUAGAUCAAUCCAACCCUCUAUCCACCCCCAUGCCUAAGAAACGAGGUCGAAAGUCCAAGGCAGAGCUGCUACUGCUGAAGCUGUCAAAAGGCCUAGAUCAGCCAGAAUCUCCACCUCCAAAGAGGCCCCCUGAAGAUUUUGAGACCCCUCCUGGGGAACGACCCCGCCGAAGGGCUGCCCAAGUGGCACUUCUUUAUCUCCAGGAACUGGCUGAGGAGCUCUCAACAGCCCUGCCUGCUCCAGUGUCCUGUCCUGAGAGCCCCAAGGUGAGCAGCCCCACCAAACCGAAGAAAAGCCGGCAGCAGGCAGCCUGUCCAGGUGGAGAAGGAGAGGAUGAUAUUGCACGGGAUGAAGACUUUGUUCUCCAGGUUGAGGCUGAAGAUGGAGAAGAAAGUGAGGCCCCAAGUGAGAGCUCGUCUGACCCCGAGCCUGCAGUGCCUCGAAGCAUCCCACGAGGAUCUACUUCAGGGAAGCAGAAACCACACUGCCGGGGAGUGGCUCCCAAUGGUUUACCAAAUCACAUCAUGGCUCCUGUUUGGAAGUGCCUCCAUCUUACCAAGGACCUCCGAGAACAGAAGCAUUCAUACUGGGAGUUUGCGGAAUGGAUUCCUUUAGCCUGGAAGUGGCACUUGUUAUCCGAACUUGAGGCAGCUCCCUACCUGCCCCAGGAGGAGAAAUCUCCACUGUUUUCUGUACAACGUGAAGGACUUCCUGAAGAUGGCACACUCUACCGAAUAAACAGAUUUAGCUCCAUCACAGCACACCCAGAACGCUUGGAUGUGUCCUUCUUCACGGGGGGACCACUCUGGGCUCUGGACUGGUGCCCAGUGCCAGAGGGGGCAGCAGCCUCUCAGUAUGUGGCCCUCUUCUCCAGCCCUGACAUGAACGAGACACACUCACUGAGCCAGCUUCAUUCGGGUCCUGGGCUGCUCCAGCUCUGGGGCCUUGGGACCUUGCAGCAAGAAAGCUGUCCUGGCAACAGGGCCCACUUUGUCUAUGGGAUUGCUUGUGACCAUGGCUGCAUCUGGGACCUCAAGUUCUGCCCCAGUGGAGCAUGGGAACUUCCAGGCAGCCCUCGGAAGGCUCCUCUCCUGCCUCGGUUGGGUCUCUUGGCUCUUGCCUGCUCAGAUGGGAAGGUGCUGCUGUUCAGUCUGCCCCAUCCUGAGGCCCUGCUGGCUCAGCAGCCGCCAGAUGCAAUGAAGCCCGCCAUCUAUAAGGUACAAUGUGUGGCAACCCUUCAGGUGGGGUCUAUGCAAGCUUCAGACCCCUCCGAGUGUGGUCAGUGCCUUAGCCUGGCCUGGAUGCCCACCCGGCCCCACCACCACCUGGCUGCUGGAUACUAUAAUGGCAUGGUGGUUUUCUGGAACCUUCCCACUAACUCACCCUUGCAGCGGAUACGGCUCUCUGAUGGCUCCUUGAAGCUCUACCCCUUCCAGUGUUUCCUAGCCCAUGACCAGGCUGUGCGUACCCUUCAAUGGUGCAAAGCUAACAGUCAUUUCCUAGUCUCUGCGGGGAGUGACCGGAAAAUCAAAUUCUGGGACCUUCGACGACCUUAUGAACCAAUAAACUCUAUCAAGCGCUUCUUGAGUACAGAGCUGGCCUGGCUUCUCCCCUAUAAUGGUGUCACUGUGGCUCAGGACAACUGCUAUGCCUCUUUUGGACUUUGUGGAAUUCAUUAUAUUGAUGCUGGUUACCUUGGUUUCAAGGCCUACUUUACUGCUCCUCGAAAAGGCACUGUCUGGAGUCUUUCAGGAUCCGACUGGCUUGGGACAAUAGCCGCAGGAGAUAUAUCCGGGGAGCUCAUUGCAGCUAUACUGCCUGAUAUGGCACUGAACCCAAUAAAUGUCAAGCGACCUGUAGAGCGAAGAUUCCCUAUAUAUAAAGCAGAUCUGAUACCAUAUCAGGACAGUCCUGAAGGUCAAGACCACUCUUCUGCUUCAUCUGGGGCUCCCAACCCUCCCAAGGCUCGAACUUAUGCUGAAACCGUCAACCAUCACUACUUGCUCUUUCAAGACACAGAUUUGAGUUCAUUCCAUGGUCUGCUCCAUAGAGAACCAAUGCUGCGCAUGCAGGAGGGAGAGGGGCAUUCAAAGCUCUACCUGGACAGGCUGCAGCUAGAGGCUAUUCAUAAGGUACGUUUCAGCCCAAACCUGGACUCCUAUGGAUGGCUGGUAUCUGGGGGGCAGUCAGGGCUGGUUCGGAUCCAUUUUGUCCGCGGACUCACCUCCCCACUGGGCCACCGUAUGCAGCUUGAAAGCCGAGCCCACUUCAGUGCUAUGUUCCAACCAUCCUCCCCUACUAAAGGGCCUGGCUUCCCUCCAAUCAGCCACCGCCUUCUGCCCAGUCCCUAGUCAUGGUCCACACAGGACCUUGGAAUGAAGUCUGCCAAGAACAAAUGGCUCCCAUGCACAGAGCCAUAGGAACUGGGGCCUUCCUGAACAGUGAUGCUGCCAGGCCUGGAUCUUUAGACCUGCCUCCCCAGGACUCCUUAGAGCCCUCUCCUUCCACAGACUUCUCCUGUCAUCACAGCCCCCUGCGGGCAGGGGGGCUGUCCCUCCACAAACUCGCAAGCCUCCUCAGCCUAAAACUAUGGCUCACAAGAAACACUCAGGCCUGACCUAGGCUUGGGAGUCAAAUUGCUCAUAUUGAGCAUAUUGUGAAGUGGGUAAAGCUAAGUAAAGGUUCUGGGUGUUUUUGAGACCACAUGUGAGUGGGUGUUUGGAGAAUUGGAAAGGGUAUCUGCAUGAAGGCUCCUGUUUCACUAUAUCCCAGGAUCCAAUAUUACUACCUUCAAUAAUUUCCUGUUUAGAGUAACCAACACACAGGCCCAUGAGGGGGUGAGGAUAAUUUAUUGGACUGAAGCUGCUUAUAGUACUUCUUGGGCUGAGGAACACCACAGACACCCUACCAAUAGAACAGCAGCUCAGAUCUUACUUGCUCCUGCUUAUGAAGUAUUCCUGAUCACUGGUCAUCUGACCCUGCGUGAACACUCCUAGACAGUCAUGUUUUAAAAAAAUCUUCCUUUAUAUCAAGUCAGAGUAUACCUCUACAAAUUUUACCAUGAGUGUUAGGAAAUCUAGUCAUUCUUCCCUGUGUUUGCCCUUUUAAGUAUUUAACAAUAGCUAUCAUGUGUUUCCCAAGUCUUUUCUUCUCUAGAUUAAAUAUCUUUAGUUACUUUAACCAUU